UCCACAACUCAGGCUCACUCACUAAAGAGUUCUACCCCGGUCGUGCUGCCCCUCGCUGCAACAACAACAGACGCAAUGGAGACCGCAGACAGGAGUCUCAGAAGCGACAGCGGACGGCCAUGCCAUCGGCGCCCCAGGCGUCUUUUCAGCGCUGCAGGGGCUGCCCUUGUCAUCAUCCAGUGUGCGUGCCACGUGGUGUUUGGCGAUGCUUCAUAUGCAGGCUGGUCCUUCUACGACCUGCUGCAGAUUGACAGGUAUGCAAGGGUAUGCAAGGGCUUCAGCGGCGGCCCAUGUGUUGAUUCUGUGCAUGUGUGUGCGGUUGCAGGUCGGCCGAGUCGUCACACAUCAAGAAGCAGUUCCGGCGGCUGUCUCUCGAGUACCACCCGGACCAGUAUGAUGGCCCGGGCGACUCCACUGCCCUCUUCAGGGACAUCAAGGAGGCCUAUGAGACGCUCAAGGACCCUGCAAAGCGGUCAGUGGUUGCUGCUGUGCUGUGGUGUGCUGCGGUGUGAUGUGAUGUGGGUGUGUCAUGGCUGCAGGCGUCUGUACGACAGCUACGGGGGCGACCAGGUGAUGUACCAGUCGAUGGUGGAGUACUUUGAGGAGCUCCAGAGGCACAACGUGGUGGAGCUGUACGCCUACAAACCAUCAGUGGCCAUCCUCUACUCCGGCAACAUCGACAACAUCGUCGCCAACUCACCGCACAUAUGGGUUGGGGGGGGGGAUGCUUUGAAUGAAGGACGUUUGAACCAAGUCGAUGUGGCAUGCAUGGUGUGCGUGUGUUAACUGCAGCUGGUCACCUUCUACCACUCCAACUGCGGUGGCUGCCGUAGUGCGGUAGGUAUGCCUGUACGCACCAUCAGAGAGCAAAGGGGUUUGGGGGGGAGGCGCCACUUGCUGCAUGUGCGUGCGUGUUUGUUUGUGUGUGUGUGUGUGCAGGUGACAGAGAUGGUCAGGGCCGGCGAAUUGGCGAACAAGACGGGCAACGUCAGGUGAGGAGGAGGACGAAUGUGUCUGUCGCUCUCUGUUGGUUGCUGGCAUCCAUCUGUCCGUCCGAGGUGCUUUCGUUCAUUCAUUCAUGUCGAUCAUCAGAGUGGGUGCUGUCAACUGCGCCUACAACAUGCGGACAUGUCACCGGUUCGACAUCCGGCAUUACGGCGAGAUCCAGAUAUUCCCGCCCAACCAGGAUCCAAGUGAGUGAAGUGAAUAUGCACCCACCCCCCCUGCCCUACAGACACCGCCAGACGGCUGUAUAUGCUGUGUGUACCAUUCCAUUUGUGUGUGUAUAGGUUUGGGCGACCAUGAGGAGUACAACGGCCCCGUCGUCGCAUCACGGGUGAGGCUGGUGGAUGUGAUGUCGGUUGGCUGUGUGUAUGAUUUGUGUGCCUCCCUCUCUAUCAGAUGUUGUCAGCGGCCGAGCAGCUCGGUGCGAGUGCGGUUGUGCAGGGGCUGAGCCCACACGCACUCAUGCAACGCAUACAGAUGGCCCCCAGAAGUGAGUGGAGUGACCGAUGGAUGGGGAGACAGACACUGACGACAUACGGAGGGAUGGUGUGCAUCUAUCUGCGUCUCAUUCAUCAUGUUGGUUGCGUACAGGCACUUCCAGCAAGGCGCCCGUCGUGUCGCUAUGGCUGGUAGAUUACUACAGGCCGGGCUGUCCGCCAUGCGAGCAAAUCAAAUCAUGUGCGCAAGAGAUGAAUGACACAAGCAGAAAUCAGAACUACUACUCGUGCUCGUGCCUUCCAUGAUAUCUUUGUAUCACUGGGCAGCCAUCCGAAGGCUCAGUAUGGAGCUGCAGGGUGAGUGAGGCAACAAUCUUCACACGAUGCCUGUGCCUACGCUGGCCGAGCAUGUGUGGUGUUGCUGUCGAUGCCCUUCAGGUGUAGCCAAGGUCGCGACGGUAAAUUGCGGUGAGGAGCGAUGCCACAGCGUGCCGCACUACCCCUACUUUCAGCUCAUUGUCCAAAGGUCAGUCAGCUGGUGUCAGCUCUAAUCCGCCCCGCGCCGCUAGAUAUUGACUUUGGCGUGUGUCUGUCUCGCUUGGCUCCCCUCCCAUAGGGAAGGUCAGGUUCCUGAGAAGCAUGUGAUCGAUUUUGACGUGGAUGGCCACCCCGGUGGCCUGGCUCUGAAGGUGGCAGGGAUGGUGUUCAAGCAUGUCAUUGGUCUCAGGUGGGAGGAGCCGACACGGGCAAAGAGGAGCGACAAGGACGAGCUCUAGCAGACAGACAGACAGACAGACGCACGUUCGUAUGGUGCAGCCGCGCUGGUUGCUCUGCGUGAUACUAGGUCGGUCCGGGGGAACUUUUGGGGGAGGUGCAUGAGUCAGCAGCAUGACGUUUGUGUAAAAUAGGUCAGGUGUCACGACUGAUGUGUGGGGACUGGAAGUGGGAGGGUGCGUCGGGGGAGGCCAGGACUCUUUGGGGAACCGUGUUCAUGUCAUUAAUGCUACUGCAAGUG